AUGUCGUCCUCUUCUCCUCCUUUGUCCCUUUCGUCCUCUUCUUCUUCUUCCCCCCCACCUAUCCUCGGGGCUGGAGAGGGGAACCCUGCUUCGUCCCCCAUUGAGUCUUCCAACGGAGAAGCAGCACGAGCCCUCGAGGCUCUGAUGUGGCCACACGACCUGGACUCCGUCGUGAGCGGGUCUUUGCUGGAAGGACUCCGGGAUUGUUAUCAUAUUCCGGGGGACUGUAUCCUCUGUGCCCCCGAGCCGGGGCAAAGGGCGUAUGAUCCCGUCCCGAAGGGCUUCGCCCUAUCCCUUGACGCCCUGGAAGCGGGCUUGCGCUUUCCUCUCCAUCCACUCAUCGUAUCUUGCCUGUCCUUUUGGCGGAUCUCGCCGUCUCAGAGCUUGGGGGGCUACUUCCUGUCGGCCCGAAUGGGCUUUCGCGUGGGGGGUGCCCCUUCCAACAACAAGGGAUGGAAGGGGAGGUUUUUCUAUAUCAGCCGUGAGCAGGACUGGGGCUUCAGAGUCCGCUGGUCCGCGCGGGCGAUCGAUAACACCACCCCCUGCUUGGGCGAUGCGGAGCGCCACGCUUUGGGGAGGCUGAGAGAGAUCCUCCCUAAGUCGCAGGCCAUCCGGGCCAUGACCGAACAAUGGCUGGUCGAGGCGGGCCUUAGCUCGGUGCCUCUGGAAAUGGUGAAGCUCCGGUCGUUCCUGGAGGUUCAGGCGCCGCAACCUCUUCACCCCACUACGUCGGGCGACUCGGCACCUUCUCUCCCAACUCAGCCGGACGACCCGCAGCCCGGCACGGAGGCCGUCCCACUGGAGGUCGAGGCUGAGCGUCCUUCGAAGAGGGCGAGGACAACCCCGUCGAGGGGCCCUGAGGCAGGCCCCCGCCGCGGCGGGGCCGGGUCUAGCCGGCGGCCAUCGGGGAAGGGCCCACGCCCUGUCUCCGUGCGCGACCUGUGCCGACUCCCGGCUGGAGACGGGGAGCCGUUUCUAACACGGCUGGCGAGCGAGAUCCCACUUGCUGGGGCCGCCGAGCCCUUGGUGGCCCGUUGGGAAGGCCUAUCCCGAGGAGACAGGGUGUGGGCCGGGGGAGAUCCCUCCGCGGCAUUUCUCCGAGGCGCGCUUCACCCCGACAUGGCUCGGGACCUGUACACCCACCCUUCGGAUGUGCUGCUCAAUAAGUCCGCCCAGUCUUUGGUUUGGGGGCUCCAUUAUGCGAAGGCCCUGAUGGACAGGGUGCGUGACGCCAGCCGGGUCAUCGGGGGCCUUGCCAACCGCAACGCCGAGCUUGUCCGCCAAGUCGAGGAGCGGGCGGCGGAUUUGGAGGCGGAGGCUGCACGCCUCCGAUCGGAGCUCGAGGCCUCCAAUAAGGCGAACGAGGGGCUUCAGAAGACAAUAAGAGUGGAACGGACAGAGCUCCGCUUGGUGAAAACGGAGGCGAGUUCCCUCAGCAAGAAGCUGGAGGAGGCGAAGGCCGAAGUGAAGUCGGCCUCGAAGGCGCUGGAGGAGGCGAAGGCCGAAGCGAAGUCGGCCUCGGAGGCGCUGGAGGAGGAGACCCGGCUUCGACCUGCGAGAGACAAGGAGCUCCUCGAGGCCUACAAGAAGUCGGAGGGGUUCGAGCUCGGGCUUACGCGGACGGGGCGGGUGUCCUUUGAGUACGGCUACCGUAUCGCCACUUCCCGCUUCCGCGCUCGCCACCCCGGUCUUGAGGUAGAGGAGAACCCCUUCGCUCCUCACCCCGAGGACCGGGGGGUGGAUAUGCCCGAGGAGGUUCCCUUUGAUGAUCGCCUGGAGGAGCCUGGGCAAUGA